AUGUAUUUGCAGAGAUUGCAACCGGCUUUGUUGAGGGUGAGUUUUUGGUGGAAAAUGAUUUUUCGGAAAAAAAUUAAAUCUAAUUUACGUCAAAAAUUUUCUGACGUGAAUUUUUCAAUUUUUUUUUCAUUUCAAAAAAUCACCUUCAUUUCUCUAGUGUUCGGCUCGCCAAUCCUCUUCCGGAACCUACAAUCGUCUUCCAAUCGACGAAAAAUGGGCAGCGAUGGCAAAAAAAGCGAUGAAAGGCCGUGAAGCCGACACAUUAACCUGGAAUACACCGGAAGGAAUUCCAAUCAAACCGCUUUAUUUGCGACAAGAUCGUGAAUGCGAUGAAAAACGAAAUGUCGAAUUACCCGGACAAUUUCCAUUCACUCGAGGACCUUAUCCAACAAUGUAUACACAAAGACCGUGGACAAUUCGACAAUAUGCUGGAUUUUCGACUGUCGAAGAGUCAAAUAAAUUCUAUAAGGAAAAUAUUAAGGCUGGACAACAAGGUUUAUCAGUUGCUUUUGAUUUGGCAACACAUAGAGGGUGAGAGAUGGCUGGAAAUUUCAUUUUUGGGGGGAGAAUCCAACAAUUUCCAAAAAAAAAUCGAAAUAAAAAACUAGAAAAAUAGUGUGGGUUUUUGAGAGAGUGUGCAUGCGGGGCAUUGUCAAUGGAGCGAACUUGCAUUUUUACUUUUAUUUUCCCGGUUUUUUUGAAAACCUAAUUAGGUUUUUACGGGCUAAAAACGUGUUUUUUUGCAGUUAUGAUUCUGACAAUCCGAGAGUAUUUGGUGAUGUUGGAAUGGCUGGUGUUGCUGUUGAUUCAGUCGAAGAUAUGCGACAACUUUUCGAUGGAAUCAAUUUGGAGAAAAUGUCUGUAUCAAUGACUAUGAAUGGAGCUGUUAUUCCGGUUUUGGCUAUGUAUGUUGUAGCGGCGGAGGAAUCGGUGAGGAGGAUUUAGGGAAAUUUUUUAAUGAAACGCCGGUAUUUUUAGGGAGUUGAUCGGAAGCUUCUGUCCGGAACAAUUCAAAAUGAUAUUCUCAAAGAAUUCAUGGUUCGUAACACAUACAUCUAUCCACCAGAACCCUCAAUGCGUAUUAUUGGUGAUAUUUUCGCGUAUACUUCAAAAGAAAUGCCGAAAUUCAAUUCGAUUUCAAUUUCUGGUUAUCAUAUGCAAGAAGCUGGAGCUGACGCAGUUUUGGAAAUGGCAUUUACAAUUGCUGAUGGUAUUCAAUAUUGUCAAACUGGUUUGGAUGCUGGAUUAACUAUUGAUCAAUUUGCACCAAGAUUGUCAUUCUUCUGGGGAAUUUCAAUGAAUUUUUAUAUGGUAUGCGAUUUUUGGGGGGAAAUUGUGAGAUUUUGAAAAGCAACAAUUUGCAAUUUUUCUUGAAAAUAUGAAUUAUUCGAAGCUUGAAAAUGUUAAUUUUGUUCUGCAAAAAAUCCACGUGGAAGCUCCAAAAAAAUUCUCAGAUUUAUAAACAUGCAGUUUCUGAUCUGCUCUACCUGAAAACCCCAUUUUUCUUGCAGGAGAUCGCAAAAAUGCGCGCCGCUCGUCGUCUCUGGGCAAAUCUCAUCAAAGAACGUUUCCAACCAAAAAGCAGCAAAAGUAUGAUGCUCCGAACUCAUUCUCAAACAUCUGGAUGGUCCCUAACCGAACAAGAUCCCUAUAAUAAUAUAAUCAGAACCACAGUUGAAGCGAUGGCCUCAGUUUUUGGAGGAACACAAUCUCUUCACACAAAUUCUUUUGAUGAAGCCUUAGGUUUACCAACAAAGUUCUCCGCAAGAAUUGCAAGAAAUACUCAAAUUAUCAUUCAAGAGGAAAGUGGAAUUUGUAAAGUUGCUGAUCCUUGGGGUGGAUCUUAUAUGAUGGAAUCUUUGACUGAUGAAAUCUAUGAAAAGGCUUUGGCUGUUAUUAAGGAAAUUGAUGAACUUGGAGGAAUGGCAAAAGCUGUUGCAAGUGGAAUGACAAAAUUGAAGAUUGAAGAAGCGGCGGCGAAAAAACAAGCAAGAAUUGAUGCUGGAAAAGAUAUUAUUGUUGGAGUCAAUAAAUAUCGAUUAGAUCAAGAACAAAGAGUUGAAGUAUUGAAAAUUGAUAAUGCAAAGGUUAGAGAAGAACAAAUCAAUAAAAUUAAUCAUAUUCGAGCAACACGUGAUGCUAAAAGAGCACAAAAUGCAUUGAAUGCGUUGACUGAGGCAUGCAAGGGACAAGGAAACUUAUUGGAACUUGCGAUUGAAGCAUCGAGAGCUAGAUGUACUGUUGGAGAAAUUUCUGAUGCGAUGGAAAGUGUUUUUGCAAGACAUGCUGCAGUUAAUCGAUUGGUUUCUGGAGCCUAUAAAUCUGAAUUCGGAGAAACAUCGGAAAUCUCGCAAGUUCUUGAAAGAGUAAAGAGUUUCGCAGAAAAAGAUGGACGGCAGCCAAGAAUUAUGGUAGCGAAAAUGGGACAAGAUGGACAUGAUCGUGGAGCAAAAGUGAUUGCGACUGGAUUCGCUGAUCUUGGAUUUGAUGUUGAUGUUGGACCAUUAUUCCAAACACCACUUGAAGCUGCUCAACAAGCGGUUGAUGCUGAUGUGCAUUUGGUUGGAGCAAGUAGUUUGGCUGCUGGACAUUUGACGUUGAUUCCACAAUUGAUUCAGGAAUUGAAGAAAUUGGGAAGACCGUGAGUGAACGGGAGAAAUGGCGAGUGAUCGGUUUUAAAAUCAGGAGUCGAAAUUCCAAAAAAUUCUAGAACUUCCUUUUUUCUGGAAGUUUUUUAGGAUUGAAAAAUGAGAUUUUGACAAUUUGAAAAUUCAGUUUUUUUUGAUAAUUUUCAAGGCAUGUUUGAAAAUUCGAAUUUCGGCGCGAGAAAUUUUCAUUAGAAAUUGUAAUGCAGAAAACUUAGAAUUUUGGGUCCGGAAAUAUCUAUCGAACUUCAAAAUAAUCCAAUUUCUAUUUCCAGUGACAUUCUCGUCGUCGCCGGCGGUGUUAUUCCACCACAAGAUUAUCAAGAAUUAUUCGACGCAGGAGUUGCUUUGGUUUUCGGACCGGGAACCCGUUUGCCAGCCUGUGCCAACAAAAUUUUGGACAAAUUGGAAGCCAAAUUGCCACCAGCUUCUGGAAAAGCGGCUAAAAAUUGA